AUGACUACUUUUGACAGCUCAAAACUUCUAAAAGCAAUCAAAGAUAACAAUACUGAAGAAGUGAAGAACUUAAUUAAUGGAGAUGAAGAUACAAAAAUAAAAAAUGCACAAGGGGAGACAUAUCUCCAUGUGGCGAUAAAAUCAAAAGUUAGCAAGAAUGUCAUCCAAAGCUUACUUCCUGUUAGUGACAUCACAGAACGUGAUGAGAAUGGCGACACUCCGUAUGACCUUAUAUGUGAUAAUGAGUACCCCAGAGAUGUAGAGGAGGCUGUUGAUAACCAUCUCCAUGAACUUAUAAACAAGGGAGAUGAGAAGGUCCUUGAGAAGCUGGCUCUGGCUGGGUACCUGACCAAGCCAGUUAGGUACAGUCCAGAUGGAGAGAAAAAUGAAGAUGUUGAGAAUAUCAUUAGACGACUUCCAGACUUCCAGGACAAGGUCUACCAGAUCCACAAGGCGAUCAAAGAUGGAGAACUACGUUCUGUACAGACCAUGAUGGAUAGAAAAAUUAUCGUCUUAGCUCGGGAUGUGACGGGAAUCCCCCCACUACAAAAAGCAGUAAUUUACGAGCACUCUGACAUCAUUAGGGAAAUCCUGCAGAAUUUUCCCAAUGCAGUUAACAACCAGGACAAUAUGGGUCGUACUGCCCUCCACUAUGCAGCAGCCUCUAGAGAUGGAGGUCACAUGUAUAAUGUUCUCAUCAGAGGAGGUGCAGAUGAGACCAUAAAAGAUGUGGCUGAACAUGACCCCAAAUACUACAAAGACGACCCAGCAUAUCUGCAGGUGAAAAAGUUGCAAGCUCGUCUCUCGGAAAUACAGGAGAGGAAGAAGAAUUCAUCACCCUCGAGGCCCUGGUCUCAUAAAUCAAGGUCAGGAUCGGCUAAAAGUAAAGAUGGUUCUCGACCAGUAUCUUCCUCAUCUGCAAAGCCUACAGCGAGGCCAGUGUCAGGGAAUGCAGGGAAAGGUGAUUCUAAACCAGCCACCCCAUCUAUCAAUCUGAGCCUUUAUAACCGACCCAAUGAUCGUGAUGUGUUCACUAGACGGGGCGUGUCACCACCUGAGACAAUAGAUGGAAAAUAUGUAUCUGAGCAACUUGGGUAUCCUCUUACAAUGGCUCUGGCUGAGUUGGCAGAUAAACGCCCCUGGGACCCUAUAGAGUUCCUGGCUCAGUGGCUGUAUAAAUAUUCUGACAAUAAAUCUUAUGAACAAGAGCAAAGAGACAUGGCAGAACAACUGAAGCAGGAGAUCCAAAACAACAAGGAUGAGAAGAGGGGCAAGGAGAGAAGACAGAAGGAGAUGGCUGAGAUCAAGGAGAAGGAGCUCCAGAAACAGAGGGAGAAAGAAGAGGAGGAGAAACGCAAACAGAAAGAACAGGAGGAUAUGGCAAGGAGAGCUGCAGCUAAAGACACUGCACUACUCGCCCAACCUCCGAACCUUACCACCAUCAAGGAAGAUACAGAAGACAUCCAGCAAACAAUUCAGAAAGAUGAUGUUGGACAGACAGAGCUCCACAGAGCUGCGGCUGAUGAAGAGAGUGACAUAGUUACAUUGAUCAGACAGGGACAUAACAUUGCAGAGAGGGACAGUCAUGGUAAAACUCCCAGGGAUAUUGCACUAGAAGCUGGCCAUACCAAGCAUGUAGAAGUUAUAGAUUCAUCCGUGCAAGAGCUCUUCAAAUUAGAGCAGACGGAAUCCAUACAGAGGCUGGUAUUGAAUGGUUAUGCCAAGGAGCUGAAUGAAGUUGUGGAAAAGAUGGACAAAAAUGCUCUUACUGAAGACAUGCAAGAGAUGAUCAACUCCAUUCCUAACUAUUUGGAGAAAAUCAAUGAUGUACACAAAGCAGCCAAGGCUGGUGUGCUACGAGACCUUCAGGGUGUAAUGGACAGAAAGAAACUAGCGCUAUCAAAGUCUGAGAAAGGCCUUACACCACUACAUAUUGCCAUCCUUGGUGGACACCAAGAUGCUGCAGAGUUUAUAAUACAACAAUUCCCAUCAACUUUAACAACCAAAGACAAUCUAUCUCGAACACCUCUACAUUAUGCCUAUGUGAUAUCAGAUGAGUUGGUAGAACUGUUACUUGAGGCAGGUGCAGACACUAAUGCCAAAGACAUCAAACAACAAACUCCAGUGUUUUAUAAAGACCACAAAGAUGAAAUACUAAAAUUACAAGAUGACUGAAAUAAAGACACCGAUAAUGAAUUUAAAAAUGCAUAAUAUCAGACAUUGGCAAUUUUUGUUAUACAUAGAGAGGUCCUGUCCUGAAUAUGUAUAAAUUCUAAAAGAUAACUGGCUUCUUCAUUUUGAUCCAUCAAGAUAUUUCAUAUGACUGAAGGAAUAGACUGGUUUAACAGUAUGCCCUUUCAUAGGGAGGAUACAAUUCUAUUCUAGGAUCUGCUAUAGGAUAUCCGUCAAAUAUGUAAUUCAAUGAUUACAUAGGAAUAUGUUUGUAAAAUCCCUUGUUCAGUUUUUUAUGUUGUCUGUCUGUGUUUGUUAGUUUUACUUAUUAUAGGGUUUUGAUACAUUAAAAUGUCUGGUUAACUUUGGGUCAUACUAGUAUAUAUUAGUACUUAAUAGUGCAAACACAUAAACUUCAACUUAUCGAAUAGCACCAAAUUAUCAAUACGUCCAAAUAUAAGUUCGAGGCAGAGUAUAUGUAUAUUGUCUUACUAUUUUUGUAAAUAUGUGCAAUUAUACUAUUUUCUUUAAAUAACAAUUUAAUAAAUAACAAUAAACAAUGAAAUGAAUAAAAAUGUUGUUGAUUGUUUGAACUCACCCAUAUCUUUGUUCCCUUCAAAAUUAGAUAAUUUUGUUUAUAAAUGAAAUGUUUGUUCAGAAAGGGUUGUACUUGGGAAUUUUUAACAAAUUAAAC